AUGGGAGGACGUGGUCCAGGCAAUCAGCAAAAUAUUUUGAGAUUAGUUGUGGUUGGUGGCGGUGGUGUUGGCAAAUCGGCGCUGACUAUACAAUUCAUACAGGUGAGACUUUUUGGGAAUGACAAUAUUUCACUGUUUCAAAUUUUUCCCAAAAAAUCUUUUUUUGGAAAUUUUUCAAUGAACAAAUAAUCAAAUAAUUUGAUUUUUUUACGCCAAAAAUAUUUUCUGAAAAUUUCUGAAGACUGCGAAAAAUUCACUGUUUCAAAAUUUUGUUAAUUUUUGAAGAAAUUAAUGAACUUUAUUGAUGUUGUAAGGUUCAGAGAAAAUUCACUGUUUCAAAAUUUUCACAAAAAAUAUUUGAAAAUCAAGAAAAAAAGUUAAGAAAAAUUCACAUUUUUCAGAAAUUUUUUGGUUCAAAAAUUUUCACUGUUUCAAAAUUGUUGUUAAUUUCUGAGGAUUUCGGACAUUUUUCAAUGAACAAUAUUCAAACAAUUUGAAUUUUUCACGCCAAAAAUAUUUUCUGAAAAUUUCUGAAAAAAUUCACUGUUUCAAAUUUUUGUUCAUUUUUGAAGAUCUUGAUUAACUUUAUUAAUGAUGUUGUAAGUUUGAGAGAAAUUUCACUGUUUCAAAUUUUUCACAAAAAAUCUUUGAAAAUCAAGAAAAAAAGUUAAGAAAAAUUCACGUUUUUCAGAAAUUUUUAGGUUUAAAAAUAUUUACUGUUUCAAAAUUUUUAUUAAUUUCUGAGGAUUUUGGAAAUUUUUCAAUGAAAAUUCACGAGUAGUACGCAUUUUUGUGGCCAUAAAUAUUUUCUGAAAAUUUCACUGUUUCAAAAAAUUCUCAAAAUUUUCAAAAUUCGAAAAUUGACAGUUCUUUGUGCUGACUUUUCCAUAUUUUUCGCGCCAAAAAAAUUCUGCUAUUUUCUUUCCACGUGGCAUAAAUUAAAAAUUCACUGUUUCAAAAAAUUCUCAAAUUUUCGAUGAAUAUCUCCAAAACAGCAAAUUUGAAAAAAUGUCCAAAAUAAACAAGAUUUCCUCUUCUUCUUUCUACUAUACGAAAACAACAAAUUUUUUUUUGAAAAAAAAAAUUCUGAAAUUUUUUCUCUGAAACUGGUUUUUCUCUCAAACUUAGCCAUACAAUAAGUAAAGGUCAUUUUUCUUGUAAAAGUUGGGAAAAAAAGUGAAAACAUCCCACUUUUCUGGUUUUUUUUCCGAGGGGAAGAAAAUUCUUCCAGAUGGCUGAAUUUUGCAUGGAAUUCUGCAAAUUGGUGUGACGAGAAAAAAUAUUCAAAAAAAAAUUUUUUUCAGCGAUAUUUUGUGCAAGAUUACGAUCCGACAAUUGAGGAUUCCUAUACUAAACAAUGUUUUGUGGAUGAGGAUUUAUGCAAACUUGAAAGUGAGUUUUUUUCGCAAAGAUUCGGAAAAUUCAGAAUUUUCUGAACAUUUUGAUACCGAAAAAUUCACUGUUUCGAAAAAUUUCAAAAAUCCCGGAAAAAUUACGCUUCAAAAUUUUUGUAAAAAAAAUUUUUUUUGUUGAAAAUUGUUGAUGAAAUGUUCAACGUAUUCAAAAAAAUUUGAAAUCUGAAAAUGAUUUUCAAAAUUUCAUAUUCUUCUGGAAAUCUAGAGCUGACAAUAAAUUUAAAAAAAUUGGAAGUUUUUUAUUCUCAAAAAAAAUCACUGUUUCGAAAAAUUCCAAAAAUCUCAAAAAAUUCACUGUUUCAAAAUUUUUGUAAAAAAACAAUUUUGUUUAAAAUUGUUAUUGAAUAAUUUUGGUUUUAUUAAAUUCAAAAAAAUUUGAUUUCAAAAUUUCAGAUUUUCCUGGAAAAAAUCAAAAAAAAUUGAAGUUUUUGAAUCCUAAAAAAUUCACUGUUUCAAAUUUUCCAAAAAUCCCGAAAAAACACGUUUCAAAAUUAUUGUAAAAAUAUAUUUUUUGUUGAAAAUUGUGGUGGGCAGGUUUUUUCGCUUUUAUUAAUUUCAGAAAAAAUAUGAUGAAAUUGGGCACUUAAAAAUCCACGUGGAAUAUUUUCAAACAAUUUUUGAUUCCCAAAAAAUACACUGUUUCAAAAUUUUUGUAAAAAAAAACAAUUUUGUUUAAAAUUGUUAUUGAAUAAUUUUGGUUUUAUUAAAUUCAAAAAAAAUUUAUUUCAAAAUUUCAGAUUCUUCUGGAAAUCUAGAGCUGAAUUUCAAUUAAAAAAAUUAAAGUUUUUGAUUCCUAAAAAAAUUCACUGUUUCAAAAUUUUCAUAUAAUUUUAGUGAGAUUUUUGGGAACAUUAUAUCUAAUUUUCUCGAAAUCGGAUAAAUUUUGGCUUCAAAAAUCCCCCUGGCAAAUUUGGUAUCAAAAUGCUCGAAAUCUCAAGCCCGGCCCCUUCCAGGCCCCCAAAAAUCCCUCAAAAUUUUCCAUUUUCCAGUUCUGGACACGGCAGGUCAAGAGGAAUUUUCAACGAUGCGCGAACAAUAUUUGAGAACAGGCAGCGGAUUUUUGAUCGUGUUCGCGGUAACCGAUAGAAACAGGUGAGCUUUUCUUUUUGUCGAUUAUUCUCACGACUCAUCUUUCUCUGCGUUCUCUCCAAAUUUCGCACACUCUCUCGCUUCUCUAGCUGCACUGUGUAUUUGUACAGAACAAUUCCUUCUUAUGACAUUUGCUUUUGGCUUUGAAAAACAUACAAAAGAAAGAAGAAGGAGGGAGGGAAAAAGCAGGCGCGAGGAAAAAUUGGAAGAAAAGAAUUGAAAUGCAAAUGUUUGUAUAUGCUAAUAUUUAUCGAUGGCAAAUGACAAAAUACGGGCGAUUUUUUCAAGAAAAUUUGGGGUUUUAUUGUAAAAUUUCGGAAGAUUUUAGCCUAUAUACCUUCAAAAUCCAAAAAAAAAUUUGAAAAAAAAGUUCCCAUGGGGACUCGAACCUGCGACCUUUCACUUGGAAAUCUGAGAUCUAACCAGCUGAGCCAAAAAUCACCGUGGCUGAGAUUUUGUGGCCUAGAAACCCCAAAAAUCACCCUGGCCUAGUUUUGGUGCCUAGAAACCCCCUGGCUUAGUUUUGGUAGCCUAGAAAUCCCUGAAAUCACCCUGGCCGAGGAUUGGUGGCCUAGAAACCCUAGAAAUCACCCUGGCCGAGUUUUGGUGGCCUGGAAACCCGAAAAAUCCCUCUGGCCGAGUCCGAGAAACACUAAAAACCCUUUUGGAAGAGUUCUGGUGGCCUAGAAACCCCAAAAAUCAGCUUGGCCGAGUUUUUGUGGCCUAGAAAUCUCAAAAAUACUUCUGGGAGAGUUUUGGUGGCCUAGAAAUCCCAAAAAUCACCAUGGCCGAGCUCUGGUGGUCUAGAAACCCAACAAACAUGAAUUUUUCGCUUAAAAAAAAUCACUGUUUCAAAAAUUCCUCUAAUUUUCCUCGCUUGCCUCCCAAAAUUAUUCUGUUCUUUUGAAAUUCCACGUAGAUUUGCGGGCGCGAAAAAGUACUGUAGUUUUCUCGCACCUCAAAAAAAAACCACUUUUUGCGUUUUUUUAAUAGACCGUGUUGUGUGUGCAUAAAUGAUGAUUGAUAAAGUAAAUAAAUACAAAAAAAAUAUAGAGUUAGGCUUUUUUGAGCACAAAAAAAUUGAGGGAAAUUUUUUUUUUGGGAAUCGUGCCAAGAAAGAAAAUCGCAACAUUUUUGGAUGAAUUUUUCAUUCGGGUCAGGCUUCCGGAGCAACAAUUUUAUGAGCCGAAAACAUUGGGAGAGAAAGAUAGACUAGAGCAAAAAAAUUUUAUAGCCGGAUUUGAGAGCUGGCUAUAAAAAAAUGUUGCGUUUUUUCGGGGAAUGAAAUUUUGGCGGCGGAAAAAAUCCACGUGGAAUUUUAAAAAAUUUAAAAAUUUGGGCUUAAAAAUAACUUGGAAAAAUUUACUGUUUCAGAAAAAUUUAAAUUUUCGAUUUUUUUCUCAGCAAAUGUUAUUAUGUUUGUAUCACUGUUUCAAAAAAAAUUCAAAUUUUUUUUUCAAAAUCCAUAUUUUUGCAGUUUCGAAGAGGUCAAAAAGCUGCACGAGCUGAUAUGUCGGAUAAAAGACCGUGACGAUUUUCCGAUUAUUUUGGUGGGAAAUAAGGCGGAUUUGGAGAAUGAGAGACAUGUGAGUUUUUGGGGGCUGAAAAUUUGAGUUUUUCUCGAUUUUUUUACCUAGAAGCCCUUAAAAUUGUCCUGGCCGAGUUCCGGUGGCCUAGAAAUCUCAAAAAUCCUUCAGGAAGAGUUUUGGUGGCCUAGAAACCCCAAAAAUCCUUCUAGAAGAGUUUUGGUGGCCUAGAAACCCAAAAACACCUUCUGGCCGAGUUCUGGUGGCCUAGAAACCCCAAAAAUUCUUCUGGAAGAGUUUUGGUGGCCUAGAAAUCCCAAAAAUCCUUCUGAAAGAGUUUUGGUGGCCUAGAAAUCCCAAAAAUCCUUUUGGAAGAGUUUUGGUGGCCUAGAAAUCCCAAAAAUCCUUCUAAAAGAGUUUUGGUGGCCUAGAAAUCCAAAAUUUUCAAAACAGUUGUCAUUUUUUUUGUUGCUCAUAAAAUUUUUAUUCUCCUUUUUCUCAUCUAAUCCUCGAAAACUUUUUUUUCCUCGUUUUUUUUUCAAAAAAAAAAUAUUUUUGUUGUCAUUUUUCAUUUUUUUUGUUGAAGAACAAGGAAACAUGUGUUUUUGAGGGGGGAAAAAAGAAAAAGGGCGAAAAAUGCAAAAAAAAAUUCGGGACUAACACAUAUUUGGUAUCAAAAACUGGGAAAUUUCGCAAAAAUUUUGAAAUUUUGUGCCAAAUUCAAAACAAAAUUAAUUUCAGGUCGCUAGACAUGAAGCUGAAGAAUUGGCUCAUCGAUUAUCGAUGCCUUAUCUGGAAUGUUCGGCGAAAUUGAGGAGGAAUGUGGAUGAAGCGUUUUUUGAUAUUGUACGAUUAGUCAGGUUAGCAUUUUCUAUGGUUCCUCGAAUACUUAUUAGAAUUUGGAAAAUUAUUUACAAAAAUUUUGAAACAGUGGAUUUUUUUGUGGGAAAUAAAAGGCUUAGGCUAAGGUUAGGCUUUGAUUUUUGCCACGUGGCAGGGAUUUUUUGAGUUGAAUGUUGGUUACGGGCGUACCUAUCAACUAUGCUAAAUUUGGAAAAUUAUUUACAAAAAUUUUGAAACAGUGGAUUUUUCAUUGAGAAAAUUCACUGUUUCAAAAAAUCCAGAAAUCUUCUUCAAUUUCAUGUUUCUUCCAAUAGUUUAGGAAAAUUGUUUAGGAACAUUUUGAAACAGUGAAUUUUUGUGAGAAAAAAUUGUAUUGUAAUCAAUUUUACCUUUAUUUGGUAAAAUAUUUGGAAACAUAUUGAAACAGUGAGAUUUAUUGUCCUAUUUUUUUCAUCGAGAUAAUUCACUGUUUCAAGAAAUCUUCAACUAUGUUUUUUUCUCAUUAUAUAUUGAAAACAAUCAGUUCUCCACCUUUUCGAAAAUUAUUUAAAAUGAUUUUGAAACAGUGAAUUUUUGUGAAAAAAAAUGACAUUUUGAAAAGUUGUUUUACACAGAAUUCCACAUGGCACUUUUUCUUGAGAUAAACAACUAAAAUUAGUCAAGUUGUAUUUUUUGCCACGUGGCAGGGAUUUUUUGAGUUGAAUGUUGGUUACGGGCGUACCUAUCAACUAUGCUAAAUUUGGAAAAUUAUUUACAAAAAUUUUGAAACAGUGAAUUUUUUCAUCGAGAAAAUUCACUAUUUCAAAGAAUACACAAAUUUUUAAUUUUAUGUUUCAUUCAAUAGUUAUGGAAAUUGUUUAGGAACUUUUUAAAACAGUGAAUUUUUGUGGGAAAAAAUAGGCUUUUUUUGAUGUAAUCAAUUUCACCUUUAUUUGGUAAAAUUAUUUACAAAAAUUAUGAAACAGUGGAUUUUUUGUGUAAUUUUUUUCAUCGAGAUAAUUCACUGUUUCAAUAAAUCUUCAACUAUGUUUUUUUCUCAUUAUGAAAAGGAAAACAAUCAGUUCUCCACCUUUUCGGAAAAUAUUUACAAUAAUUUUGAAACAGUGAAUUUUGUGGAAAAAAAAAUAACAUUUUGAAAAUUUGUUUUACAUAGAAUUCAACGUUGCAUUUUUUCUUGGGAUUUUCUUGAACCAUUGUCAGAUUAGUCGAGUCUGAAUUUUUGCCACGUGGCAGGGAUUUUUUGAGUUAGAUGGUGCUACGGACAUACCUAUCAGCUAGGCUAAACUUGGAAAAUUAUUUACAGAAAUUUUGAAACAGUAAAUUUUUUUCAUUUAAAAAAUUCACUGUUUCAAAGAAUCCAGAAAUUUUAAUUUUUGUUUAUUUUUCUCAAUGGUCCGUGUAUUUUUUAGCUGAUGCAAAUAUAAUUCGAAGAAUUUUGGAGCAAAAAAAAAAUCUUGAGCCAUUUCAAGCCACGUGGCAUUUUUGUGCUCGUCGUUUUGGUGAAGAAUAUAAACUUAAUUUUGAGGUACGAAAAUCUGGAUCAUUCUGUUAUCAUUAAUCAAUUUUGUACGUAUUCAAAAAUUUAUUAAAAACAUUUUGAAACAGUAGAUUUUCGUAGAACAAUUUUGAAGCCUAACAAAGCCUGAAAAUCCACGUGGAUUCUAGAAAAGUGCUUUUUAUCAUAUCAUUAUCCUCAAACAAAAUUUUCUUAAUUUUUAAAACAGUGAUUUUUCUUCUUAGCUCAAAAAAAUCUCCUUGAAAAAUUAGUCUUCUUUUCCCGUGUCUAUACAAUUUUCUUUUUUUUGGUGUGUAAUUGAUACAAUGCAAAUAUUCUGUGUUGUGUUUCCUCACACACACACACACAAAAAAUCUCUUUUGUUAUUUUUUAUGUUACCAACUGAAACACAAAGGAACUGGGGGGACUUUCUGGGAAAAAGUACUAAGUUUUGGGGACAUUUUUAGCCAUUGUUUAACAAUUAACAAAUUUUAAAAAUUCAAAAUUUCUUUACAAAAUUUUUGAAACAGCAAAUUUUUUAUGUAGACUGAAUAAAAUUGAAAAUCCCGAAAAUUUUAUUUAAAAUUUUUUGAAACAGUGAAUUUUUUCUGAAAAUUGAAAAUUAAUCAUUAAAACUACAUUAACUCUUUCUCAAAUUAAAUAUGCACUACAGUAAUAUUUGGAAACCUACAGUACCUUCUAACAAUUACAGUAACCUCAAAUAGAGCCUUAGAACCAAGAAGAGUCUAAAUUCGAUAAUUUUUAGUACAGUACUUCAUGGGGUACUGUAGAUUAGGCCCAGUAAAAUUUUCAUUCUUAAAAAAAUCUACAGUACCUUUUAGAACCUACAGUACCCCUAAAAUUUUUCUAGGCUUUUAAGCCGAACUCAGAGAAAGUAUGGCUUGAACGGCGCGGUCCGCGGACGAUUUUUCACCGAUUUUUGGGUGAAAAUCAUUACGCGGAUUCCGCGAAAAAAAUUUCGCGGACAGCGAAACUUCAGCCAAUGAGAGUCUAAUUUCGCGCAUUCCGCGAAAUUUUUUGACUCGGAAAUUUGAUUUUUUUGCGUUUUUCGCGGAUUCGCGGAUGGACUCGAGAGGGAGGGUAUAAAAAGGAUAAAUUGUAUCGCGUACGCGACAACGAGGAUAGCGCAGCAAGGAAGACGGAUGACUACAAAACGACAGGAUUGGGAUCGAGGCCGGGUUGGAACUACAAGUCAAUACUAACUUCUGAUAAUUAUCAGGGGUAGUGAAGCAUUUUUAUAUUUCGAGAGUGCAUUGCGCGGAUGUUUCGCUAACAGCGGAGUAUAAUUUCGCGGACGUUUCGCUAAAGUUCUUGUGUCAGCCGCGGAUUGGCAGAUUUCUGGGUUUCGCGAACCGCGCCGUUCAAGCCAGACCUUCUCUGAGAAGCUUAACUAAAUCUUGACUAAAAAUCUACAGUACCCCUUGGACACUACAGUAACCCUCAAAAAAUGUUUUUCCAGAAAAUUCCAACACGACGAGCGAACACCUCUACACGACGAUUCAAUUCUCCGAAAACACGCCGACGAUUCGUCGCCAAUCAAAUUGAAAAAGAAGAAAAAUUGCAGGAUACAGUAG